AUGGAGACGAAGCGUGUUGAUGCAAUUGCCGUUUCUGUGAAACUUCCUAAUCGAAAGGAGGAGGUUUCGCUGGAGUUGGUGGAAUCCUCGAGUAUUCAGAAUGUGUACGACGUUCUACAAUUUUCGCCAGCUACUCGAGGGCUAACAAACCUUGAGCUGUAUGUCAAGGGAACGAGGCUGGCCGGUGAAGAGUUGCUGAAAGACCUUUCUUCGGGAAACGCCCUCAAGUUAGAGGUCAAAUACAAACCGUACACUGCCAGAGACGUCAUCAGACAUGUCACUAUCUUGCGGGACACGAUCGGAUUUGCUUCCGAAACGCUUGACGCUGUUUCUGCCUUUGCUGUAGCUACAGGAAAUCAAUUCUGCGAGAUGCCGCUUCUCCCAGUCAAGGCUGCUGCUGCUGACAAAACAAAUGAGACCGACGAAUCUAAAACCGAGUCUUCUGCCUUCGACCUAUCUUCAGAAGAGGCCAGCGAUUUCCAGCAUGCUGUCAAAGAUGUUUUGACCCAACGUAAAUCUGUCAAUGAAGUCAUGAAGACAAAGGGUCCCUUCGUUACGCCUUGCAUUCGUUCCCUACAUCUUUCCGGCUACAAUCCUGUUCCGGCAUUUUACAGAACCAAAGGCCACUUGUUGUACCUGCAAGCCGUCACCUUGGAGGGUGAAGUUUUCCAUAUUACUGCUACCACCGCUGGCUUUUACGUUAAUAAGUCCACUGCAAACAAAUUUGAUCCCACCCGGAGAGAAGAUGCCGCCAAGACCUUCGUGUCACUACUUGAUCUGCUCACUUCGCAAUCUAGAAAGUUAAAUGAGCACCUAAAGAGAUUGGAGCAGAAAGUUAGCGCUGUGGACUCUAUAUGCCAUGCCAGACCAUCCACCACAUUCUUGUGUAAACCAUGGUUGGUUUCCACUGCCCCAAAUUUCAAUGGAACUUAUUCUCGUUUCCAACUUGACGAAAGUGAUUUCAACACCGAGCGUAAUUUCAACGACGAAUUUCAAGCCAUUAAAGACAUGACAACGGGUGACUUCCAGUCUAUCGUUGACACUGAAAAAUUGACCGCCAAGGUUUAUCAUGAAUUUACGACUACAGCGGUUAAGGAUGCUAUGUCAAUUUUCUACGAUGACUUGGUCCCCAUGAAUCCAGAAGCCCCAACUCAGGAACAGAUUUUUUUGAAGAACAAUGUGUUUUAUUCGUAUGUCGGUGAUAUUAAUGGUACCUACUCAUCUAUUGGUGGCGAUGCUGCAGCAUUUGCAGCUUCGAACCAAGACCUUCAAACCGUUAAACUUUUGCACCGCGUUACAUUAUCUGAAAUUCACUACCUAUUGUGCGCUGUUAUAGAUUUUGCUGGCCGCAGAGUGCUUGCUCAGACACCUGUCCCAGGGCUACUGGGUGCUAUGGGAACAGUCACUAAACAAGAUCCAGAUUCUGGAGAGACCACUACUGAAGAUUUGAAUUCAGAUGUCAAUGUUGUUUACGGGCUGGACGAAGCCACUGGUGAUAUCCUGUAUAAUCAGGAAUUUGACGAUGCAUUAGAAUCAUUUGCGAAGCUGCUUCAUUUGAAGAAACAUAAGGUCGGAUCAUCAGAUAUAAAAAUAUCAUCACAUUCAAAGGGUAUUGUAGGAUCUGACAAACGGAAGUACGUUUUGGAUCUCGCCAAUUCGCAUCCCCUCGAUGUCCGCUAUGCCAAAGAGUUUUACGAUAACGUCAAUGAAACUGACCGUUAUCCACAUAGGCAGACUUUGGUUCGUAGUGAGCUGAUUGAUAAGUGGUGGGCAAGCAAGAUAGAGAGUGUGAACGCUGAAUUUGAAGACGCAUUCGAAAAAAAAUUGUUUGCAUUCAAUCCCGAUGCCUAUAUCGUGGACGGUGUCGAGGAUCCUUUGGUCGAUGAAAUAUCGAAUUAUCUCUCUGACGAAGUCGUUCCUAGUGUGGUCAGAGACUAUGCGGCAGGUAACUCUACCGCACCCUAUGAUGGUGAUCACCUUUCUGACACGUUGCACAAAAACGGUAUCAACAUGCGCUACUUGGGCAGGAUUAUUGAGCUGGCUGAACAAGAACUUAAACAACAAGAAGUCAAUCGUGAGUCUAGACUGGCCGAAAUCAAAGUGGGCAAUGAGGAUCAUAAGAAAUGGGAGCAAGAGUACUUGCUCAAAGUCGAAAAUCUUAUCAAAGAGAGACAAGCCAAAAUUAAUCAGCUAGUACAGGAAGGAAAGGAUAUCCCCGAAGACUUGAAGGGAAACUUGAAACUGGACGAAAACGACAUCAGAAAGCCUACAAAAAGCGAAGCUGUUGCAGUGAACCGCGAUCAGCUAGUGUGUUUAAUCAAGGUUUCUCAACUGGAGAUCGCUGCCCGGUCUUUGAAACACGUGCUCAGAGACUACGCUAAGAACUUACCAGUUCCAGUUGUUUCCAGUCUGGUCACCUACAUUUUCAAUCUGCUUUUCGCCAACACCUAUAAUGAGGAGCCUAAGGCAGAGAUUUCUGACGAAUUUUACGCUGAAAGUGCUUUUGCAUUCACCAAGCUAACUCGUGCCAAUUUGAUUGAUAAUAUUUGCAACAAUGCCCGUCGUAGAUUCAAUUAUCACCUACAGGGCGAUGUUCUUGCUGAAUUGUUAGAACAACGCUUUGCUCUGAUGAGAGCCGUAUCCAAGAAGUUUGGCAUUCAACUGUUAAACAAAGAGUACUUUUUCACUAAAGAAUCCUUCGAUAAUUUCAGACAAGCGCAGGACAAGAAAAUAAGAAGCAAACUGACUGCCCCUAAGCAUACCUUCUCGUCUGACGACUUUACCAUCAUCCCCGUAAUCAAGGACGGUGAAUACAAAUCACUUUCAGGAGACAAUUUUUGGGCCCAGGGUGCUGCGAUCUUGAAUGAGAAACAAGAAGAUGGCCUUGUGCUUUUGAGUCAGGCGCUGAAUAUCAAAGAAGAAGUUAACGGUGUAAUGCAUCCGUCUGUUGCUGAGUCUUACAUGGCUAUGUCGACAAUUUAUCACACUUUGAACAAAGUCCCCGAGGCUGUUUUGUUUUGCCGUAAAGCCUGCACAAUUUAUGAGAGAACACGAGGUGUUGACUCCUUUGAAGUCAUCAGGUGUCUCAUGAACUUGGCCAUCCUGGAAAUCAGUAACAAAUCCCCGUACAAUGGUGCACUAGUUUUGCAACGUAUCCUGAACACCUUGAAUUCUCUCUGUGUAACAAUUCAUCCUGCUGUCGUUAAUGUGCACACCAUGCUGCAACAAGCUGCAUUAGCUUCCAAGAAUGCCAAGUUAGCGAUUGAAGUGUUGAAGAAAAUAUCAGCCACAGUACUUGAGAUCGAAAAUGGACAGCCUUCGCUGGCCUACGGUUAUAACCAGUCUCGCCUUGGUGAUCUGUACGUGACUUUGAAUGACUACACGAACUCUCUGAAGGCAAUCACAGAAGCGAAGGAGAUAUUUACCAAAGAAUUGGGACUGAAUGACGAAACAACUGUUCAGUGUAAGCAAUGGGUUUCGGGUCUGCAAAACUUGCUGCAACGUCAACAACAGCAGCAGAAUUUGACCCAAACUCAGACUGCUGUAAACACAGGAAAGCCUGCUCCUACCAAAAAAUCCAAUUCUUCGAGAAAAGAACCGGCGUCUAAUCCAGAGUUGGCCAACAAGUCUGUCGACGAAUUAAUGACUUUCAUCGAAGGCGGCUCUUCUAAGAAGAGUAACGGGAAAAAGCAGAAAAAGAAGAAAUAG